AUGUCUUCCGAAACCCCAAUCCACGAUUCCCUCCCCUACAUCGACACCGCACCAACGCCCUCCCAACGCACCGCCGCCCAAUCCCUAAUCGACGCCGAGACCGAGCUCCCCAGCACAGAAACACCACACCACCCAUCCCUCGCCCCCCUCGCACCUCAAUCCUUCUCUCCGGUUUUCGAAGCAGAAAUGCUACGCAUAGCCGCGCAAACCCCACUAGACGCCAUCGACCGCACACGCUACGAAUCGCUCUCUGCCCCCUCCCCCCCCUUCACAACCACAGCAUGGCAGCACACCCUGAGCGCCGCCUACACAUCCUCCACCUACCUCACCGCGCGGUCCACAAACCUAGCCCUGCUCUCCGAGUUCGGGAAGAACAGCUGGUUAGUAGGAAACGCGCAGCUGGAAGAUAUACUAAGGGGACUGGAGAGGGAGGUCGAGGACGUGAAGACGGAGAUUGAUGGCGUGGUGUUGCAGAGGAGGGAUGCGCAGGAGGGGGUUAGGGGCGAG